AUGGAGCUCGACCUCGCGGCGAGUGCUUCGAGGGAAGUGGCUCGUGACGUCGACGUGUCGAUGAGCAACGAGCUGGACGACGAGCUUCUUAGCCUAUUGGACGAGGAGCCGCGACAUUCGCACUCACACUCGCACUCGCGCACUCAUACGCAUACGCAUUCGCACUCGCAUGCGCCGUCUCACCCUCCUAAACCGUCUCAUACCUCACCGGGCUCGGCUCGCCUGGACAAACACCUGGAAAAAGUGUUCCCCACUGCGAAAGCUCCCGACAGCCCUGUACCUCCUGCCGUCACUGCUCCCGCACCCUCCGAACUGGUGGUCAUGCCGCCACCAAUUGCUCCUCCAGGAAUGGCGGCUAAGCCGGUGACAGCUACCCAGCCCCAAUCUUCUUCCAAGCCUCAGAAAGCAGAGGCCUUGACUGCGUCCGCGAGUUCAAAGAAGAAGGAGCCAACAGCGAAGCCCGUGCAGAAAGCUAAGCCGGCAGCGAAGCCCAAGGCCAAAGCUGCUGCUGCGAAACCCAAGGCAAAGGCGGCCGUCAAAGAGGGCACGGCCGGGUCCAGCGGCCGUCUCACGCCUUCUGGUAGCGGCUCGGUAGCCAAGGGCAAGAAGACCGCGGUGACAAACGCAGCCGCUGCGUCCGCUGCGAAACGGUCCGUCUCGGCAGCGGUCGGCCAGUCUCGCUCACGGUCGGCGUCUGUCAUGCCUGCUCCCCCGGAGCCUGCCAGCAAGCCUCAGGAAGAGGAGGACGAGGAGGAAGAAGAGGCGGUGGACGACAAGCUCUAUUGUAUCUGCAAGACGAGUUACGAUGAGGACCGGGUCAUGAUUGCGUGCGACCGGUGCGACGAAUGGUACCACACCCAAUGCUUGAAAAUGGACGAUCUAGAGGUUGACUUGAUUGACCAAUUCGUCUGUCCUCCUUGUAUAAAGGCUAACCCUCACUUGGUCUUGAAGACGACAUACAAGCAGCGAUGCUUCGCCGGCUUGAAGCACCCGCGGCCUUCCUCUGCUGCCGCAUGCCACAAGCCUGCGCGCGGGGCGUUCUCCAAGUUCUGUUCCGACGACUGUGGGAUCAGCUACAUGCAACGGCGCAUCGAGAACUGGGGCGGCGAGCAGUCAGUUCUGUGGGCGAGCGUCCGGGACGUCAAGCAGCGAGAGGGCGUCGUCGUCAAGGUGCAGCUUGUCAAGGAGGAGCCCAAGCCCACACGGAGACGGAAACCUGAGCCCCAUGCCGUAGCGCAGAAUCAGCUCCUUGUGGAAUCGCACGAAGUGCAGAGGCCGACGAAGUCGCAGCGGGAGCGCGCCAUCGCUCGGCUGCAAGGGGAGUUGUUCAAGAUUGCGCCGAAGCGGGAGGUUCUGAAGGACGAGCUCGAAGUCAUUCUGUGGCGACAGAAGGUGCUCGAGCUCGCAGCGGCGCGAGCAGAACGGGUGCAGGAGUGUGGAUGGGACCAGCGUAUGUGCCUCGAUGACGAGGAGUACGGGGAAUACGCUGCGGGCGUGCUAGAGAGCUACGAGGAGGGUCAUGCCAAUAGGGAGGACGCGAUGCAGGUCGACGGUACGGUCGUCGAGGACGGCGCGUGGUGGUGCACAGGCAAGAAGAAGUGCCCACGGCAUGUCGGCUGGCAGAAGCUUCGUGCGAACGAACUUGAGUUCGACCAAGAGUUGAAGGAGAAGGCGAUGUCGGCUUUGACCACUCAAGAACGCGAGAUCCGCAGACAGUUGGAAGACGUCAUCAGCCUGGAGUCCCGUCAGCCGAGCAUAAUGGCGGCCACUUCGCCUCUACUACCCCUCAACGGACACACACAAGGGAAUGGUGCGGUGAAGUCGAAGACGAACGGCACGUCGCAGAAGAAGGGCAAGCAAAAGAAUUGA